ACACACAAAAGCGACUGCCAGUAAUGUGUUCGUGCAUGAGGAUUUGUUUAUCAUCAAAAUUCCGAAGGUGCAGUCUGUCCAGUUAGUAAUUUUGACAGUCGUUGUUCACUCGUUCCAUUGCACAUUGCCGAAAAGUUGAAAGGAAGACCAUUUUACGCAUUCCAAGGUGCUCCUUUGUUUGUCAUGUUGAAGGCGCAUUUACAACUGGUGACUGCACCAGUGGAUCGUGCAUUUGCCGGCAAAGCACCCUGGCAGAUUGUGGCCAUUACAACUAGCUCCGUGCUGGGGGUAAUCUGGUUGUGGGAAUUACUGAGUGAGGAUGAAAGUCUUUAUUCUCGCCUGAAGCGACGAUUUUUCCGACUAGCGCGCCUGGUUCCUUCGGUUCGUCAGAAAAUCGACACAGAAAUAGCCAAAAUAAAUGCUAGUUUCACAAAGGACGCUGCCCAGUAUGGGCAGUUUACCACUGUCCUACCACAAGAUGGGCUCCGAUCAGAACAAAUCUUGGAAAAAGUCGACGAAUACCUUGCGCUUGGUCACUACCAAUGGAAGGAAGGCUUUAUUUCAGGGGCGGUAUAUUAUUUCAAUCCGGAACUGGUAAAACUGGUAACGGAAGUGUAUGGAAAGGCUUCCUACACGAACCCCCUGCAUGUGGAUGUAUUUCCCGGUAUUUGCAAAAUGGAAGCCGAGGUGAUACGCAUGACAGCUACGCUGUUCAAUGGUAGUGCAAAGGCAUGUGGAACCAUGACCACUGGGGGAACGGAAUCUAUUAUGAUGGCUUGCAAAGCGUACCGGGACUACGGGCGAGACGUGAAAGGCAUCACGAAACCCAACAUCGUUUUACCAGUAACAGCUCAUACUGCCUUCGAUAAGUCAGCUAAGUAUUUUUCGAUGUUUUCCAAAACAGUGAAAGUCGAUCCUGUAACCAGAAAAGUUGAUAUUGAGGCUAUGGAACGGGCCAUCAAUGGUAAUACAGUUAUGUUGGUCGGCUCAGCUCCUAACUACCCAUAUGGUACCAUGGAUGAUAUCGAGGCGAUCGCCAAGCUUGGCAAGAAAUACAACAUCCCAGUUCACGUGGACGCCUGCCUGGGCGGAUUUUUAAUAAUCUUCAUGAAACGAGCUGGUUAUCACGUUCCACCGUUUGAUUUCAGCGUAGAUGGAGUUACUAGUAUUUCCGCGGAUACUCACAAAUAUGGCUUCAGUCCCAAGGGAUCGUCGGUGAUUUUGUACUCGGAGAAAAAGUAUCGUCACUAUCAGUACACGGUGACGACAGAAUGGCCUGGAGGGGUCUACGGUUCGCCGACAGUCAAUGGAUCUCGUGCCGGUGGAAUUAUUGCAGCUACUUGGGCCACUAUGAUGAAUUUUGGCCUGGAUGGUUAUGUAGAAGCCACUAAACGGAUAAUUGACACUUCCAGAUACAUUGAAACACAGCUCCGAACAAUUGAUAAUAUUUUUAUCUUCGGUACUCCAGCCACUAGCGUGGUUGCUAUUGGAUCAAAGGACUUCGAUAUUUUCCGUCUAUCUGCUGAAUUAAGUACUCUAGGAUGGAAUCUGAAUUCUCUGCAGUUCCCUUCGGGGAUUCACAUAUGUGUAACGCACAUGCACACCCGAGACGGAAUUGCGGAUAAGUUUGUCAAUGAUGUUCGAACAAAGGUCGCCCUGGUUAUGAAAAAUCCCGAAAAGCCAGUUGAAGGGAAAAUGGCUAUCUAUGGGGUAGCGCAGACUGUGCCGGAUCGGGAAGUGAUCGGAGAUUUCACCAAAUGUUUUAUUGACUCAAUGUACUAUACACCAGAGAGCGAAUGAGCAGCUCUUGACGAAUGUAAAAUUUUGUUGCAUAAUGUGUGAAUAAUUUCAAUUGGCUAACAAAUAUAUUUAUAAAAGUUGCAGAUAUAGACAACACUGCUGUAA